GCACAGUGCUCAUCCUCAUUCCUUUUUGUCUUGUGAGGAGGUGCCAUACUUGAUUGAGCUAGUUACCUAUCGUUGGCCUUGGGUUGCUUGCAGUUUCAGUGCCAAAUACUGCCUCAGUGAAUAACCGAGUAUAUCAGUCACUUCCUAUUUUUACCAAUGAAUCUUUAGGAAAGAUUCUAGAAUUAUUACUAGGACAAAUUAUAGAUGCAAACAUAAUUUUUGUAGAUAUAUGACCAUUUUUGUUGAAAUUUUGGGUACCUAAUUGAAUUUCAUAAUUCUAACACUUCCACCUACAAGUAGCCCAAUUUUACCAUUUUAACAUAACAUCUCCUUGAACACCUCUGUACAUGCCCUCUUUGUAUGGAACGUAUUAAAAGUGUUAUUUUAAGACCUAUUGAUUUCAUUUAGUUAAUUUUAAAGUAUCACUGCGUAUAGAGUAAAAUAAAUGAAAAGAUUGCUAAAACAAAGUCCUAAACCUCAAAAGGUUUCAGAGCGAAUAUUCUGGGAUUUGUUUUCUUCCUUUAUCUCCUCCUUAUUCUGUUUGUUUCGUAUUUUGUCUCCUGUAGGCUAUCAAAAGACUGGAAAUAAGGCACUAAGAAAUGUACCUUUAUCUGCUCCACCACAAUGAAGCAGGACAUGUGUGGGUGCAAGAGGGUGUCCUGAAGUUCUCUGUAGAUUUUCAAAAAACAUUAAUUGAAUACCUCUCAUUGCCAGGUUAUAACAGAGAGCAACGCACACAGUCCCUCCUUCAUGGAACUUACAUCCUAGUACAGGAGACAGGCUAAAAACCAGGGAAAACAAGUACGAUAAUUACAAGUCCUGUAGGCUUUACAGGAAUCAAAGGAGAUGGAAGUAGUCUAGCCAGGAGGCCUCUUAAGUAGGGGAGAGGCAGCUGACCCACAAAGCUCAGCACAAAGUAGGGGAGGGCGUGGUUUAAGCUCUGGGAACAGAAUGUACAAAGGCCCCGAGGCAGGAAAUGCGUGGGGUGUUUGAGAGCGGAAAAAGAAAGCCAGAAGCAGGAAGCACAGGGAGUGAGGUGGGGAGAGAGGGGCAGGUCAAGUGUUUCAGUUAAGGAUUGGGAUUUUAUUUUAAGCACAUCAGGAAAUGAUUGAAGACCAGUAGGAGAAUGACAUUUGAUACCAACAUAUCAUGUACUUAUUCUUUCUGUAGAUUAGAAGGCAAGUCAGAUGUGAUGUUUUAUCUCCAAAAGCAGCAAUGUUGUACCUUCUGAAGUUCAAAGUGAAGAUCAUUUUCAUUGUUGUUCCUUUGUACAGGACAGCUGGUUUUCAUACUCACAUACCUGCAAAUCCAAGAGACACAUCUCUGGAAGAUAAGAGAGCUUCUUCCUCAAGACCAAAAAAGAAGAUGGCAUGAUACCCAUGUAGGGAAUUUCCAAAAGCAACGCUUGCCAUAUACCUGGACCCCCAGGAGCCUGCUUCCUAGAAAGGCUUUCCUGUCUGAUGUGCAGAAGACAGAAUGUCAAACUGACUCUUCAAGGGGCAGCUGCAGGGGCUCGAGACCAGCCAGCAGUAUCUCAUCCUUUGAUACAAGGGAUAUACUGUACAGUCCUUUUUCUAGAAGUGAGAAGUACAAGAUUACUCUACAAGAGGAAGAUUCUAGGGACUCAAAAACGCAAAGGUUUGCACCUUGAGAGCCCCUUGGAAUGUUGACAACUCAGGAUCUAAAACAAAGUUCUAUGUUAAUGAGUUACAGAAUUCACGUGGAAGUCAAUGUCACUUUAUAAUCAAUAAUAAUACGAAGUGAGGAACACUAUGCAGGAAGAAACCUUCCAUAGAAAGACAGGCAGGGAAAAGCUUAGGCUGACCUUAAACUUACCUAACAGAGCAAGCCUGAGAUAGACUGCCAAAAUGGCCAAAUAAGAGACUCUAUGAAAUAACAGUCUUGUAACUGUAGUAAUUGUAAGGAAAUUUUCUCCUCCAAAUCACGAUACCAAAUAGGAAAAAUGAUCUACAAGUGCCCCAUGUGUAGGGAAUUUUUCUCUGAGCGAGCGGAUCUUUUUAUGCAUCAGAAAAUUCACACAGCUGAGAAGCCCCAUAAAUGUGACAAGUGUGAUAAGGGUUUCUUUCAUAUAUCAGAACUUCAUAUUCAUUGGAGAGACCAUACAGGAGAGAAGGUCUAUAAAUGUGAUGAUUGUGGUAAGGAUUUUAGCACUACAACAAAACUUAAUAGACAUAAGAAAAUCCACACAGUGGAGAAGCCCUAUAAAUGUUACGAGUGUGGCAAAGCCUUCAAUUGGAGCUCCCAUCUUCAAAUUCAUAUGAGAGUUCAUACAGGUGAGAAACCCUAUGUCUGUAGUGAGUGUGGAAGGGGCUUUAGUAACAGUUCAAACCUUUGCAUGCAUCAGAGAGUCCACACCGGAGAGAAGCCCUUUAAAUGUGAAGAGUGUGGGAAGGCCUUCAGGCACACCUCCAGCCUCUGCAUGCAUCAAAGAGUCCACACAGGAGAGAAACCCUAUAAAUGUUAUGAGUGUGGGAAGGCCUUCAGUCAGAGUUCGAGCCUCUGCAUCCACCAGAGAGUCCACACUGGAGAGAAACCCUAUAGAUGUUGUGGAUGUGGGAAGGCCUUCAGUCAGAGUUCAAGCCUGUGCAUCCACCAGAGAGUCCACACAGGAGAGAAACCUUUUAAAUGUGAUGAGUGCGGAAAGGCCUUCAGUCAGAGUACGAGCCUCUGCAUCCACCAGAGAGUCCACACAAAGGAGAGAAACCAUCUCAAAAUAUCAGUUAUAUAAAAUGUUUUGCUAAGAGUUUAAAAUCUUAAAACCCAUAAGUGCCACUAGGAAGGAAACCCUGUAUAUACCUACAUUGACCCAAGAAAUAUUUACAGCGAUCCCUAGCAGAACAUUGUUUCUGAGGAGGCGUACGUGAGAUUGAUUUGUUGCUUUAUGCCAAGUGUGUGUUCCACAGCUUGACUUUGAAUGUGGACCUCUGAGUGUCCGCCCAGGAUGGGUGUUAGGUCCCAGUCAUAGAUGUUGCUUCCUGGGAUUCCAGCACGCUGCCUCCAUAGUUGAAAGACUACACAAAAAGCCACGAUCAUUGCCUGGCCUCCUGAGUCACCUUCUAUCCAUGCUUUGCUUAAAAGCUAUCCCAGAUACUCCCCCUUGAGGAGCUCAUGCCCUUCCUUCCUCCUGAUUCGAGCAUACUGGCAGUGCUUUGGAAAAUGGACAGCUCCCACACUAAGAUCACAUUCUGGUAUUUCUGAGGUUACCACUUGAUUUAGCCCCUAUGUAUCUUUCCAUAUAGCCUAUUAUUUCUGAACCCAGUCUACCUAUAUGUCCUCAAAAUCCCCGUAAAUAUCCAUCCCUUCCUAGAUGGCAUUAACUUUCAUUUUAGAUUUUAGGUGACUCAUAAUACCCAUUCACUUAGCCUGUCAGAAAAAUCACUGGCAGACAUACAUGUCCUUGAACGUUUUUGAUUUGUGUGGAUUCUGCUCAUCACUGUCUCUGUUAGAGUUAUUUCCUAGUAGCUGCAUCGCAUAUUUUUCACUUGAAUUUUUUUUGGAAAUAGCUGAAUGUAAAUAGCAGGGAGGAAGGAGCAAGCAAAGUGAGAGCUUUUCUUCAUCCAGAAUUGCCCUCUGGGCUCCUUUGAUAACAGAUGGAGCUCCUUCCUAGCUAGGGAGACCUUACGAGAAGUGGAUGGUAGGAGGAAUCACUAAUAAUGUUUCGUCUCUAUUUCUGUAAUCUUGGGCAAUAAUGCAUAGGAGUUUUCUAUACCCCUUUGUUGAUUACUAUGUAUCAGUUCUUUUUAAGGCAUGAACGUCUUAUUAAUCCAUCAUUCUUUUCUUCAUUCAACAAAUAUUUAUUGAAAACCUCCUAUGUGCCAGGCACUGUGCUAGGUGCUGGGAAUACCACUUACGAGAUAGACAAGGUCCCUAUUCUCGUGGAGUUUACUUCUGGUGAAGGAGACAGAUGAUAAAUAAACAAAUAAAUAAUGUAGUUUGAGGUAGUGAUUAAGUGCUAUGAAGAAAAUAAACUAGGGUGAUGAUUUAGUGGUGGGGUGGGGUGGGGGUGGGGUGACAUUAGCUAGCGGUCAGGGAGGCCUUUCCGAGGUGGGGCCAACGUUGAGCUGAGGCUGGAAGAGAAGCAGCUUUCACUGGCAGAGCACAGAGGCUGCUCUAGGGGAUGAGCCGGUGUGUUUGAGGAACAGAAGGCCAGCACUGGCGUUCGCGAGUGGCGGGGAGGGGAGAGAUGCUGAGGUGCUCAGUAUCCUGACUUUCAUAGGCCUUUUUUGGUUUGUUUUAAUUUUUGCUAGAUUGAUAUUAAAAACUCAUGUGGAGGAAUUCAAGGAAUGUUUAGAAGACCAAAAGUCCCCAAUGACAGGAACAAAAAGCAACCAAUUUCUAACUUUGUUUUUCUUCUCAUUCCUAUUUUCAUUGAUUUCCCACAUGUAGUCCUUUUGCUCAGGAAGUCUUUGGGGAAAUUAAGGAUCUUUGAAGCUCUGAAAUGGGUGAUCAGGUUAGUGGUGUCUGUCAGCUGUCUAAGAGGUUGGAAAGUAAAGUACUCAAAAUAGUCACGAAAAUACUGAAAGUUUGAUUUUUCUCUCCAUAUUUGAAUUAAUUUUUUUCUGUUUGACUGGAAGGGGUUUUUGUAUAACUAAAACCUCAGCGCGUAAAGGAGAUUUAAAAGGAGCACAUAAUUUAGUGGGUGGGCCAUGAAACUAGAGAUGGGAUUUGUGGGUAAAUUUGUCAAUAUCUGGAUUUUAAUCCAGACAUCUCUGCUAACAAACGUUUGGUAAGUCAUUUUCCAUACUUUUCCUCCUUUUUACAAAGAGAGGGCUGGCUUAGUUAUUUGCUAAAGCCCCUUCCAGGCCUGAAUUCCAUAAGUACAAUUUACUGUAGUGUCUUAUCACUCUUUCAUGUCACAAAUAGCGUGGAGCGUUAGAGAAAAGCCUAGACUUUUAGUUGAUAGAGAGCCAGUUGAAAUAUCAUUGAUAGAAUUUUAGUUUUAGGAAAAAUUGGUUUGAUUUCUAGCUUUAUUACUAUUAGGUAUGUGAGCUUGGGCAAAUCGCUUAAUCUUUGAGUCUAGUUUUCUCUCAAAAUGAGAACAUUAGGCUAAAUGAUUUCCGAGUUUCCAGCUAGUCCUAGAGUUCUAUAUUUCUACAUAGUUGAAUUAUUUUAUCAUGCUGUUGCUGGGGAAUAUGACUAACCCUUUUGAAGCUACUAAUUUUAUGUCGAGCUUUAAAGUCCAUAAUUGUUAUCUUCAGAAAAUAUUAUUUGACCUACAGUAUGUCCAAAUCAAUUUAAUAAAAUCACUUUAUAACAGGG